AAGGCCAUGUUUGUUAAGAAAAAAAUAGAGGGGAAAAAGGGGCUUUGACAUAAAGCUUUCAAUUAGGCUGAGAAACCCUAGUGUGAGAGUUCAGUGAGUGUGGAAGCUACUGGCUACUGCCGGGGUUUGUUGCAGCAGCGACAACCAAGGUGGGACAGAUUUGAGCGUUUUCUAGGGUUUUUACCGCCGAAAAGGACGUUUCCACUAUUGUCAACAAACGUGGCGCUCUUCUCAUAAGCGCUUACAAUGGCAGAUUCAGAGCGAAUCCAAAAUCCGUGGAUGGCUUCGGAGCAGACUGCAGUUGAAAUGAAUGACAACGGUACGGAUUCUACGCGACGCUUUUCUCCUCCUCCUCCGCCGCAACCAUCCAAUAGCGAUCAAUUGGGAAUCGGAGAACGAGCUUUCUCCGCCGCCGGCGCUGCCUUCCUCUCCGCCAUCAUUGUCAAUCCCCUCGAUGUUGCCAAGACAAGGUUGCAAGCACAGGCCGCAGGGGUUGCAUAUUCUCAUCCGCUCAGUAAUAUGACCAGUCGUAUGUCUUAUUUUGGGCCAAAUAUGAUGUUUGCUGAUCUAAGAUGUUCUCCUUCAUGUCACCGGGCUGGAAUCCAAGGCACAGUAUCAAUUUGUCCUCCUGAGUGUUUUCGCUACAAAGGAACACUGGAUGUCCUCUACAAAAUUAUACAACAGGAAGGAUUUGCUAGGCUAUGGAGAGGCACAAAUGCUGGCCUUGCACUUGCAGUACCAACUGUAGGAAUUUACCUUCCUUGCUAUGACAUAUUCCGCAAUUGGUUUGAGGGAUACACGGCCAAAAGUGCACCAACAGCAACCCCAUAUGUACCUUUAGUGGCUGGUUCAUUGGCGCGUUCUCUAGCUUGUGCAACUUGUUAUCCUAUUGAACUUGCUAGAACUCGUAUGCAGGCAUUCAAGGAGACUCAAAUUGGUAAAAAGCCACCUGGAGUGUUCCAGACUCUCUUGGGUGUUGUCUCACAUGUGAAGAGUACAAACACUCCACAGAACAGUUUGCAAGGUUAUCGUGUUCUGUGGACUGGCAUGGGAGCUCAACUUGCCCGUGAUGUUCCUUUCUCUGCAAUUUGUUGGUCAACACUUGAACCAACUAGAAGGAAGCUUCUUAGUUUGGUUGGCGAUGAUGCCAAUGUAUUGAGUGUUCUUGGGGCAAAUUUUGCUGCUGGUUUUGUUGCCGGAACUUUAGCAGCUGGUGCUACAUGUCCGCUAGAUGUUGCCAAAACUCGAAGGCAGAUAGAGAGGGAUCCUGUUAGGGCAUUGACAAUGACUACAAGACAGACACUGAUGGAGGUGUGGAGAGACGGAGGUUUGAAAGGGCUUUUCACAGGGUUUGGUCCACGAGUUGGUCGGGCAGGUCCCUCCGUUGGAAUUGUGAUUUCAUUUUAUGAAGUUGUAAAGUUUGUUCUACAUCAUGGGUACGCAGCAUCAUGAUCGGGUUCUUAUUCUGCAUAUUUUAGUUUAAUUACCGAAGCGUCUUUAAUGAGAAUCUCUGGAGGUUGCGCAGCAAUUUUUUUGUGUGGAAUGGAGGUCUUUCCAAUACGUUCUGACCAUUAACAACAUACAUGAAUAGGAAUUGACCAGCGCAGAACAUGCGCCUAGGUUUUUGACAUUUUUUUUGGUAAUUUUGCUGGUUGUCCAGCAGAAAUUUUGUUACACUUGGGAUCGUCCCUGAAGUAAAAUAUUAAUAAAUUGAUUUUUCUU